ACGGACUCUUUCCUUUUGAUUUUGACUACGACCCCGUGGACCUCUCGAAAUGGCACAGCGUCCGGCUGAACAGCGUCCUGCCGAACAGCGUCCUGCUGAACAGCAGCCCGAAGAGCCCGUUAAUGCACCGAAUGUCGUGCAAGAGGACCAACAGCCACAAGAAACUUUGGAGGACGUUAAGAGAGAGUUACGACAACUCAAAGAGUCAGUGAAUACUAUUACACACUUGUCGGUAGAGAACCAGUUACGGAAAUUCAUGGCGUAUGCGACAAGGCCAUUGACUGAGUUCAAAAACUUCGAUGCCUUGGAGUUGAUAGAGGCUUUACAAAAUGUGGCACAUGAUGGCAAACACGAGAAAGAGGCCUACUACCGGCUGGUAUAUCAGACAGCGCGAGGCAAGGUGGACUUGUCUAAUGAGAUGUUCCGUAGUUUGCUCUUACGUCUUGUUGGCGACAAAGACCACGAAAGGGUAUUUGACGCAGUAGCAAAGGUCGAAAAGAGCGCACGUCAGAAAGAACGAACGAGGUCGGAUCGACAAAGUGACGCGAGAGGGAAAAGUACUCGCACCAGCCAAGGAGCGCAGUGCUUUUAUUGCAAGAGGCCUGGUCACUUCAGGGCGAAUUGUUACAAGAGAAUGGCCGAUCUCAAAGGCAAAGGGGAACAGUCUUCGUCUAAAUGAAAAUAUAUUUUGAUGUUAAUGAAUGACUGUGGACUGUUAUACGAUAUUGAUUAAAUGGAAUAUGAAGUUAUUUAUUUGAUAAAUAUGAUUAAAUGCU